AUGACUUCUCCCAGGCCCGCAGCACCAGAGACCUCCAUCUACAUAGUGGGCGGCUCGGUAUUUGGUCUGUCUACUGCUUUGCAUCUCUCCCAUGCUGGAUACAAGAACAUUACCGUGUUCGACCGCGCGGCCACUUUACCAUCACCGUAUGCAGCGAGCAACGAUCUGAAUAAGAUCAUCCGAGCCGAGUACGGCAUCGGCCACGCAGAGGAUGACUUCUACACUGAACUUGCCCUGCGAGCCGUAGAGUUCUGGAAGGCACCGGACGACGUUGGCGGAUGGCGCAGUUGUUACAGUGAGGUCGGGUAUCUCAGAGUGGCGAGCUCUGCGACGAAAUCGGGAGCCGUACAGAAGGACCUGGAGUAUUUCACGAAGCCGCGAGAGCCGGCAAACUAUGAUAGUCUCUGGUUCCCCGACGAUUCAUUUCAAGCUGUUCAAACUCCCCACGACAUCCAUACCGCUGCACCACAGGUGAAGAACGUCAACUUUGACAAGCAAUGGCGAGGAUACUUGAACAAGCAUGGCGGGUACGCGCUGGCGUCGCAGGCGAUCCGGCUCGCGUAUCGGCGCUGCUUGUACUUGGGUGUCAAGUUCGUGCUGGGCGAAGACGGUCACAUCACGUCGCUUGUCACGGAAUCACCGCAAUCGCAGUCAGUCACGGGCGUACGUGCAGCCAGUGGUACGGUGCAUACUCACCCAUCUGGCAAGCCGAGUCUCACUAUAUUAUGCAUGGGUGCACAUUUGCCUCGUGUUCUAUCAGCAGCGGCUUCACAGGUCACGGCGAAGGCGUGGUCGGUGGCUCAUCUCGAAUUGACAGAGUCAGAAGCCAAAGCUCUAGCGGGUGUGCCGGUCAUGAACUUUUCCGAACUGGGGUUCUGGAUGGAACCUCUGUUCGUGAAAGAACGCGAAGAUGGUACCGAGUCAGUGGAACGUGUUCAAAGCGAUACAUCAGAACCAAAGGGUCGGUCGUCACGAAGAUCAAGAACAGACGGUAAAUAUCUCCUCAAGUUUGCUUGCCACGGCGGAGGGUGGACGAACUUCCAAAACCUCGAGGGAGCCACGCCAAGCGGCACACGGACGGUCUCGUGUUCGGUGCCACCAACAAAUGCAACGUCCCUGGUCCCACCAGCCGUCGACGAGGCACAGCUUCGUAGGUUAGUCAAGGCAUCGCUCCCGGCCUCGCUCCACGAGAGACCCUUUGUGCGCAAGUCAAUGUGUUGGUGCGCGGACACAACGAGUUCGGAUUUUGUCGUCGAUUUUGUCCCCGGGUACCAAGACCUGAUCUUGGCCGGCGCGGAUAGUGGGCACAUGUUCAAGUUCUUGCCUACUGCUGGCGAGUGGGUUAGGGAGUUGGUGCAAAUCGGCUAUCAGAAAUACCCAAGAUGGACGUGGAAGGCGGCUGAAGAAGAAGGGCAGAAUGGGAAAGCGACCGUUGCGUGGAGAGAGGGCAAUGUCAGGGAUCUGAGAGAGGUUCAGAGUCAUGGCAAGUCUCGAGUUUCGAAGUUGUAG